UCAUCGGUGUGGCAGCAGCAUGGCAACGAACUCUGGGUGGAGGAGGAGCCUCUGGCUCGGUCUCUGGCUCUGCUUGACCCUCGGGCUGCUCCCUGGCCUGAGUCAUCAGGCGUCGAUCGCCGAGCGCGACUACUAUACGGCUGGAGUGGUGGAGUUCCGGCACACCGUACUCAGCACCUCCGCCUGGUCGGACAAUCUGGCGGGUUAUCUAGAGAUCCUACAGUCGACGAAUGCCAGCGAGACGGACAUCAUUGUGUUUCCAGAGUUGACGAUAAAUGGCAUGGGACCGCAAACAUUUGUGCCUGAGCCCAAGGAUCAGAUCGCACCCUGCCUGACCGAUCCCAAUGCCGUGUACUAUGCCGAGUUCCUGGUGGCCCUCUCCUGUGCCGCGCGCAAUGUCAGCAAGUACGUGGUGAUCAAUGUGGCGGAGAAGAAGCUAUGCACGGACACGCCCGAGGAUACACGGCCUUGUGCCGCGGAUGGCUUUAAUAUCCACAACACGAAUGUGGUCUUCGAUCGCCAGGGAGUGGUCGUCUCCCGCUACCGGAAGGUGCAUCUCUACGGAGAGAACAGGAACACCACUUACGAGCCAGAGUUGGAGACCUUCGAGACGGACUUUGGCGUUACCUUCGGGCAUUUUAUUUGCUUCGAUAUCCUGUUCUAUACCCCGGCCCAUCAACUGAUCCUCGAGCAUGGCAUCACGGACUUUGUCUACCCUACCAUGUGGUUCUCCCAGCUGCCAUUCCUCACAGGUGUGCAAACACAGCAGGCCUGGGCGUACGCAAACGAUGUGAAUAUGCUAGCUGCUGGCGCCAGUCGUCCUGCGGUGGGUAGCAGUGGCUCUGGCAUCUACCAUGGCCGUGAGGGCGCCCUCACCAGCGUAAUGGUGCAGGGCACCGGCGAGCGGAGUAUCCAUGUGGCACAGGUGCCCAAAUAUGCGGCGCGACAGCCCGUGCGUCAGCGGCGUCAGAGGCGAGCUGUGAGCAGUCCUAGAGAGGCGAUCAGCAGCUCUAACUUCUUCAUGAAGCGGGACUACCUGGAGAACUAUCAGACGCAGCUGCUGACGAUUUUGGGCAACCAAACGGGCAGCCUCACGUCGAACAUCUGCUAUGGAAAGUUUUGCUGCCACUUUGACAUGGAGUGGAGCCCCUUGGAGGGUGGAGGCGGUGUCGGAGCAGCCAACUACCGGCUGGCGGUGUACGAUGGCUGGCGCAAUGAGCAGACGGUGGACGCCAAUUACAUACGCAACUGUGGCCUCUUUGCGUGCUCCGGUCCCACCCUUGAGGAGUGCGGCGGUCUGCCAUCCGCGGAGAAGCUCGAGGAGCAAGGGCCGCGUGCAGCCUUCAACCGCUUGGAGAUCGGCGUCACCUAUCCGGAGUCGAGUGAGUUUCUGCUAAUGCCAAGCUCCGUGCUGGAUAACCUGCUGCCGCUGAAGCCAUCGCAGUUUGAGUGGUCGCAGGAGAAGCCCUCAGAGGAGAGCUACCAGCAUGAGGUUCGCUUUGCACUGCGCGACCCCGUUGAGAUCAGCAGCGUGCUGACCUUUGCCAUCUACGGCAACUACUACGAUGAGAAGUGCACCUUUGGCGUUGGCUCCGAGGAGCAGCAAGUGGCCUGCGGCUACAGGAACGGAUCGUCGCGGCUCGUUCUCUUUGGCGCUGGUCUGCUACUGCCAUUGCUACUCCUUCUGCGGGGUUAAUCAUACCAAGGGAUAUCCUUCUAUUUGUUGGUUUUUUUUUGUACAUAGUUUCUUAUAAGGAUCUGAGAAAUCGGAUGGA